AGUUUCCACCCUGCACUCAGCAUGCCCUUUUCUGGUGGCACUGGACCCUCCAAGGAAUCACUCUGGAGCUCAAGGCCAGCCUGCAGGGAAAUGGAGUCCAAAGUCUCCGAAGGUGGCCUGAACGUCACCCUCACCAUCCGGCUGCUGAUGCAUGGCAAGGAAGUUGGAAGCAUCAUUGGAAAGAAAGGAGAGACCGUGAAGAAGAUGCGUGAGGAGAGCGGUGCAAGGAUCAACAUCUCGGAGGGGAACUGCCCUGAGCGAAUUGUGACCAUCACCGGCCCCACUGAUGCCAUCUUCAAGGCUUUUGCCAUGAUCGCCUACAAAUUUGAGGAGGACAUAACCAACUCAAUGAGCAACAGCACUGCUACCAGCAAGCCUCCAGUGACACUGAGACUGGUUGUGCCAGCCAGUCAGUGUGGCUCGCUGAUUGGCAAAGGAGGGUCCAAGAUCAAGGAAAUCAGGGAGUCAACAGGUGCUCAGGUUCAAGUGGCGGGGGACAUGCUGCCCAACUCCACGGAGCGGGCGGUGACAAUCUCGGGGACACCCGAUGCAAUUAUCCAGUGUGUCAAACAGAUCUGUGUGGUGAUGCUGGAGUCCCCACCAAAAGGUGCCACCAUUCCCUACCGCCCAAAGCCCGCCUCCACCCCUGUCAUUUUUGCAGGUGGUCAGGUAAGAGCCGACCCGCUUGCAGCCUCCACUGCCAACCUCAGCCUUUUACUGCAGCACCAGCCGCUGCCCGCCUAUACAAUUCAGGGACAAUACGCUAUUCCACACCCGGAUCAGUUGACCAAGCUCCACCAGUUGGCUAUGCAGCAAACCCCCUUUACUCCCCUUGGACAGACCACCCCCGCUUUCCCUGGAGAAAAGCUGCCCUUACAUUCCUCCGAAGAAGCUCAAAAUCUGAUGGGCCAAUCAUCAGGUUUGGAUGCCAGUCCCCCGGCCAGUACUCAUGAACUCACCAUUCCCAAUGAUCUAAUAGGCUGCAUAAUCGGACGCCAAGGGACCAAAAUCAAUGAAAUUCGGCAGAUGUCGGGAGCGCAGAUCAAAAUCGCCAACGCCACGGAAGGGUCAUCGGAGCGCCAAAUUACCAUCACAGGAACCCCUGCAAACAUCAGCCUCGCGCAGUACCUCAUCAACGCCAGGCUGACGUCUGAGGUCACUGGAAUGGGCGCACUCUAAUUUCCACCCACCAUCCUCCACUCCGCACCACCCGACCCUCUCCAGCCACCGGCACUCCACCCAGCCUGUACUGCCUGUACAUUUACCGUCUUCCCUUUGCCUCCACAGAUCUCUUUUCUUUACUAACAAAUAUAUCUAUCUAUCUAUAUAUAUCCCUAUAAAUACACAUGCAUAUGCCCACACUGGAACGUUUCUUUAAGAGCUCCUUACUGUGCUCCUGAGGCUGCUCCCGAACUCUUUGGUUAUGGUCCUUGUUUUCUGCGUACGGUAUUAAUGCUUCAUCUGCUUUUCUGGGGGGUGGGGAGGGGGCUUGGGUUUUUUCCCUCUGCUGGUGAGACUUCAGAAGUUGAUGGGGUCUCUAGUGUCAGUCUAUUGUAGCUACUUACACGUUUGAGUUGACGUUGGCAGUACUUGCUGUAGCCUAUGGACUAGUGAUGCCACCCAGAGCUGUGCCUGCUUCAGAGUACUUACUUUUCUCCCCCUUCUUCCUUUGGUGCUCCCGCUUCCCUUGCUUUGCUUGACCUGGCUCACCUUUGCAACCUCACUUCCCUGCCCUCAGGAUAAGGUGUAGAUUUCACCCCGUGUUAUUUGCUAAACAGAACGUGCAGGAGCCAAGACAAUGCAGGAGUCCACCUGCAGACUUCUCUCUUUACAGCAUGGCAGGGUCCAGACAAGCCAUUUUUCAUACUAAACAUAGGGUAUCACACACACACACAAAUGGCUCUCUUUUUUAACUAAUGAGCAACUGGAAGUGGGAAGAAUUCAGCUGUAUGGGACUCACACCCCCCAGGGGCCUUUGAAAGCACUCUUUUUACAAUUCCCCACAUGCAAACCCUUUGGAUGAUAGCUCAGGAAGCUCUGUGAGCUGGCUGUGUUUGUCGUUGUUUGUGUUCAAUAAAUGUCUGUGCAGCUCUGCUACCGAUGGGCUCCGACUGUUCUUCUCCCGGGUCGCUCCACCAUCUCUGGCACCAUCGUUCCCACUGCAUCCUUCC